UGUCUCCAUCUGUGAAGAGUAUAACGAGUAUUGUAUUGACAGACAAUUGACUGCAAAAAAUGGUGGAUCUGUUGUCAGACAGAAGUGGCGGCAUUUGACACGACAACUGACGACACGAGUUAUUAUACAAAACAAACAUCAAUUGUCAUUCAUUUGGGAUCCGAUCGACCACUUGACCAGUCAUGCGGUUCGCGUUGAGGUCGUUGGAUGACUCAAACAAAGAGGUGGAUCUGUCGGUGGGAAAGACAACACUCGGCAGAGGAGUACUUCUUGAUUGCUCAGACAAGAAAGUGUCCCGAAAUCAUGCCUACAUUGAAGUGUCCAAUUCGGGUGAAAUCAGCUUAACUUCGCAACACGUGAAUCCAUGUUUUUACUAUUCGAAAGACUCGAACAGUUCGCCGAAGAUUAUUAAGAAAGAUAUGUCUCAAGAGUUGAGUGACGGCGACAUAUUCAGUCUUUUGGCCAAUAAUUAUAAAUAUCAAGUGAUUAUUGAUUUGGACAACAAUGCAGCCAAACCUGAGACCAAUAAUAAUAAUAAUGACAAGAAAAGUGAUGAAAAAAUACACGAAGAGAACACAGUUAAUGGCGAAAGUGAGGCCACAAAGAAUGACACAAAAAAAGAGUCGAAAAAAGUUGAAGAAGACGACGACACUAAAGAUAACGAUUCUGUCGCUUCGGAUCUUAAAAGAAAUGAUAAGAAGGUUGCAAAUGACGAGAAAAAUAAACCAAAACUGAAUGACAGCGAAAACAAUGUCGAAAAAGAUAAGAAUAAAGAGGAAGAAGAGGACGAGGAAGAAGACGAAGAAGAAGAAGAAAAGGAUGGAAAGGAAAAGAAAGAAGAAAUCAAAAAGAAAGGCAGACCUCCUGGUAAAGGACGAGCUGCUCAGCCGCAGAAAAAGAGUAAGAAGGAUGAAUCAGAUGAAGAGGUUAAUGAAGAUGAAGAGGCAGAAGACGAUGAAGAAGACGAGGAAGAGUCUGAAAGUGACCACAAAGCAAAAGGUCGUCAAAAAGGAAAAGCACCGACUUCUAAAAGAGGACGUCCUAAGCGUUCAUCACAACCAUCUAAACCUAACAGCAAACCCGUCGAUUUAGGAGAUUAUGAUAUGAGUGAUGAAGAAUACAUUUGGGAAGAAAGUGAAUCUGAAGAAGAUUACAAACCAAAAAAGAAAGGUCGAAAAGGUGGAAGUGAUUCAGAAAGUGAUUGGGAAGUUGAACACAAACGCGGUGGUCGUUCAGCUGCUAAAGCACGGACCAGAUAUCAUGAAGAAUCAGAUGAAUCUGACAGCGAUUGGGGAAAGAAAAAGAAAAAGAAAACACCCAAAAAACCCGCUAAAAGACGUCAGAAACCCACCCGAAAGAGUCCACGUAAAAGAAUGAGUGAAUCUGAAGACGAAGUUGAAGAUCUUGAUGAUGGCGACGAAGAAGAAGAAGAAGAGGAAGAAAAACCGAAAAAUCGUCGAAAGUCUAAACGUGACGAAUCGGAUGAUGAAGAAGAAAGUGACGGAGAUUUUAGAGGUGGUCGCAAAGGCGCCAAAAAGAGUCCUAAAAAAGGUGGUCCCGGAAGGCCUAAGAGAGAGGCAGCCAAACGAGGGACUAAAAAGAGACAGAGAGAUGAAGAUGAUGACGAUGAAGAUGAAGAGGUCUCUGAAGAAGAAUCGGCGUCCAAAAAGAAACGAAAUUCACGAAAAUCUGACGACGAAGAAGAGGAAUCUGAAGGCGAAGAUAUGGAUAGUCUUGUAAAAGAGGCCAAAGGGUUUGUACGCAACAAGAAUUUGGCCAAAAAAGUGUGAAUACAUUUGAUUUCUUGAAAAUAAAAUCGCAUAACAAACAAGACUAACGACAAAUCGUUUCAUCUAAUCAUCCAUUGAUUCAAACGAAAUAUCAUCUCUUUAUAUGCUAUU